AUGCAGGCGGCCGAGGUGGAUCCUCACGUAGCCCAGCGAUACCUGCUGAAGCGGCGGCUUGGGAAGGGGGCCUACGGAAUUGUGUGGAAGGCAGUGGAUCGGAGGACUGGCGAGGUCGUGGCUAUCAAGAAGAUCUUGGAGGCCUUUAGGGAUAAGACAGAUGCCCAGAGAACGUUCCGGGAAAUCGUGCUGCUCCAGGAAUUUGGGGACCAUCCAAACAUUGUGAGGCUCCUGGAUGUGGUCCGGGCAGAGAAUGACAAGGACAUAUACCUGGUGUUUGAGUCUAUGGACACGGACCUGAAUGCUGUCAUCUGCAAGGGGGGGCUGCUGCGGGAUGUCCACAGAUGCUACAUCUUCCACCAGCUGCUGAGGGCCACCAAGUUCAUCCACUCGGGAGGUGUCAUCCACCGGGACCUGAAGCCAUCCAACGUUCUCCUCAAUGCCAGCUGCCUGGUGAAGCUCUGUGACUUCGGCCUCGCCCGCUCCCUCAGUGGCCUCCCCGAGGGGCCGGAGGGCCAGGCCCUGACCGAGUAUGUGGCCACGCGCUGGUACCGGGCUCCAGAGGUGCUGCUGUCCUCGAGCUGGUACACCCCCGGGGUGGACAUGUGGAGCCUGGGCUGCAUCCUGGGAGAGAUGCUGCGGGGGAGGCCCCUGUUCCCUGGCAGGUCCACACUCCACCAGCUGGAGCUGAUCCUCCAGACCAUCCCACCACCAUCCAAGGAGGGCCUCCUGGCUCUGGGCUCAGAACACAGUGCCUGGAUCCUGCACCUCGUGGGGGCUCGACCUCAGCAGGCGCUGGAGGCCCUCCUGCCGGCCGACACGCCCCCGGAGGCCCUGGACCUCCUCAGGAGACUGCUGGUGUUUGCCCCGGACAAGCGGCUUACCGCGGCCCAGGCGCUGCAGCACCCCUAUGUGCGGAGGUUCCACUGCCCAGCCCAGGAGUGGUCGCUGGAGGCACACGUUCGGCUCCCGGUGCCCGAGGGAGCCCAGCUCACCGCCGCCGAGUACCGCAGCCACCUCUACCAGACGGUCCUGGAGCGCAGGGGCUACCGGACGGAGGAGGGCCUGGGGGGCAUGCCCCAGGCGUGCGCCCUCAGCCCUGCAGCCGGCCCCCAGCUGCCUUCCGGUGGGCCCACGCAGGACCUUGGACAGGGCGCUCAGCACAGUGUUGGCCCCAGCCCCGCACCUGACGAUCCCCGCGGAGCCGAGAAUGUCCCCAGGCAGAGGUCGGACCCCCUGCUUCAGCAUCCGCCCCCAGGAGGUCCAGGGAGAGAGGCAAGGUCCCCCGGGGCACGGAUGGAGUGCCCCUCAGUACCCCCGUUGGUGAAGCCCCGCAUGCAGGGAGCGGCGCCCUCCCUGACCUUGCAGGCCAACGCCCAAGUGGCCAUCCAGGCUCUGAUCCGGAGGGACCCAGACCGAGGCCGUGGGGCGAGACCGGCCGCCGUGCAACAGGCCUCGCUCCCACCUCCUGCGGAAGUCCGGCUUGAGCCCCGUCCUGGCCGGAAGAUGUUCGGAGCCUCCGCCUCGCAGGGCGCCCAGGGGGCCGCGAGGGCCGCGUUCGGGGGCUACUCACAAGCCUAUGGCACCAUCUGCCGCUCGGCGCUGGGCCGCCUGCCCCUGCUCCCGGGACCCCAUGCGUGAGCCGCAAUCCCUGCCUGGUACUCGGCCCUGCAGUUUCUGCACCCGCUGCUCAGCCAGGCAUCCCAAGACUUGCCCCUGCUCUGCUUGUCGCCUUGGGUCCCCGGAAGUUAGUCCUUUUCAGGGAAAGUGAGCUCCCCACUGCAGCCCGUUGCUGCUGUACAACGCGUUGGCCGUGGCAGAGGCCGUGCGCGCCCGAGGGCCCCGCUCCUCUCCAGCGGCAGCCUCCGUGCUGUC